AUAAUAUAAUAAUACAAUUUUAUUCUGUAACAUAUUGUGUAAUACAAAUAUAUUGUGUUUGCAUUUUGUUUGGGACUGGGGCUAGUAUCUUAAGUGUUAAAAGUGAGACGUUCCGUAAGGAGCAUGUUGCACACGGAUUAUUUAGAGGUGACGCCCCCGGUUGCUAUAGAAACGAGACGCGCUUUCAGCCGCAAGCUUCCAGCGCUCUCAAACUGCGACGAGGCUUGGGAGUCGAAGAAACUUCAGAAAAGUCUUACUUUAGGUUUGAAAUUUGAUGUCAGACUCAGUUCUGAAAUACAGCCGAUAGCCUAGAGCUUUAUAAACAAUAAAUAAAGUUCGCACAGAUGAACAGGUAAGAAAGUCAUGUAUGGCAGUUUAACGUUAAGUUAUUAGCCGUUAUGUUUUACACGACUAACGUUUUCUGCGUUAUUUUACACCGUUUUUACCAGUUUCUUCUUCUUUGGUUUGCUGUGAAUAUGCAGUAGAUUGUGACUGAUAGCGAUCAACGCUUAAAAAAUUCAGCAGACUCUUGAGUUACAGUCAGUACUGUACAUAGAGACCGAUCUGACUUGGACUGUCAGCUAUAUAUAUUACAAUAGCAUCAGGGCCCUGGCCAGUUAACUGCAUUUUAGACAUUUGUAUGAUUCUGAUCAAUUCGUGUAACUUUAUAAAAUGGCUUUACCAUUUCUUUAACACAAAAAGACCUGUUUAUUAUUGAUGCAAAGCUUACAGUGUGUUGGAAGGCCCUCAGAAGUCUCAUCCAAAGUCAGUGAAAAGGAGGUUGCGCCGUUAAAACCAGCGUUUGGCAGCUCAGCAGAUCCAGAGGCAAACGAAUCAGUGGAAUGGAAACCGAAGCACCUCCAACCGAAACUCAGCGGAAAGACAGAAGGACAAGGGCCCUCUGUAAACUCUGAGAAAACAAAUACGAAACUCAAAGUCCCGAGUUCCAUAAGGCAAACGAAAGCAAAUCCGGGUGAAAAGCCAGAGGCUCGCGAUCCUUCUGUAAAGACAGAGGUCAAUCCUUCAUCAGAUACCACACUCAAAGUGCACACUUCCAAGGGCAGCGGAGGGUGUAAUGCCUCUAAAGCUCCGUCCUUCAGAAAUGUAACCACGCAUGGACAUAAACUACCUAAACAGGUUCCACCUAUUAUGACAGCUUUAGAGAAACGAGAAGAAUGCGAUGUCCAGACGGAAAGUGUGCGUGAGGUACAUACCCGGGCCCCUCAAGUAGAGCUGUCUGCGAGUGACCGGGAUCCUCUUGAGGCACAGAGUGAAGAGGACGAAAAUGAGAGCGCUGAAGGACACGUGCCGCUAGAAUUGUUUGCAGAGUUUCUACAGGCCGUGAUGACAAAGAAUUACCAGCUUGCAAAGAAGCUCUGUCAGAUGAUUUUAAUUUAUGAGCCUCAGAACUCAGAGGCCAAGAGCUUCCUGCCCCUCAUUGAAGAGAAAUUACUGAUAGAAGCAGAUGAGGAAUCAGAUGAUGAUGAUGAUGAUGAAUCUGAUGAAUCUGAUACAUCUGAUGAUGAUGAUGAUGUUGAAAAUGAUGAUGAUGAGUCCUCAGAUGAUGAGUCCUCUGACACAGAUGAAGGGUCCACUGACAGCACAGAUGAUACAUUAUCAUCUUCAUCAUAAACAACACACACACAGACUCAUCUAGUGCUCCUAAUCACGUACAGUAUUGUUUUAGUACUAACAUAUAUAAUGUGUGUCACAUUUAGAACCUCAUGCAUGCUCAGUUAUGUCUAAUAUUGACUGGACUUUAAAUUAUAUUUUGCGUGAUUUGUAAUCUAUAUGUUUUAAGAGAAUAAAGUAGCUGUUUAUUA